AUGGGAGAAACGGUCUCAGAACUUAGUCUUCGUCAAGUGGGUGGUUGGCCGUCAGCGUCGGAGAUGACAGUAGGGCAUUUCCUUCUAGCAAGAGCGCUGUGGAAAUCCCACCACGCCAACCGGCCCAAAGAUGGAAAGAAGAUGGAGCAAUGGCUGGAAUAUCUACGAGAUAUUAAGCAGAACGCAGGCGCGGAAAAUGACGACAAGAGACACGUCGGCAAGUUUACCUUGAAAGCACGCAAGCAAAAAUUCGCGACCCGCGGCAUCGAUGCCGCAAUCGUUUCUCCGCUCGUGGCCGCCGACAGAAGGCGUGCAACCAUUGUGCUUCCAGGAAGCGCAAAUGCGUCCCGGUCCCCGCAAGCCACCAUCGCCGUGUUCGUGCGGCUUUCUGCGUCCGUCCCCCCGCUCAGCGGGCGAUGCUCCGUGCUGCCUUGGGCAGCCCCUGCUCCCGGCAUUCCGGCUCGUCCUGCGACUUUGUCGCAACUUUUCCUGUGUGCAACCACAGCAGAUGCAUUCUCGGGUUUCUUUCUUCAAAAAAAAGAAGACAUGGAACCAAUUGUGAUCUUCAUCGCCCGUGCUUCUAAGGACCACAAGGGUAGUACUGAAGCGACGCAUGAAUUCCUUCUGCAGAGCCUGGAAUUCACCUGUAGUGAUUCUCUAUCAGCGAGGCAUUGGCGAGAUGGCACAUGGUACACUGCCCGACCUGCCUUUGUUGUCUGA